AUGGAAGAAAUCUCAAGAGCUUUUUCCGACGUGGAGUGGUCCCCAAUAUUCUCCAUAGAGAAUGGAUUAUUUUCAGCAGCGAUUGACAUAAAUCGGAAGCAGCACGUGCUACAGGACCGACGAUUGGCACUCAAACGCAUCGCUCGUGAAUCGGAAGCAUACGAGAUUGGAACGCAAUGCCAUCGAAAUGUCCUUGGUAUACAUAAGUCAAUGAAAUGGUUUGUCCUCUUAGGAUAUGGUGGAGACAUGUCCCAAAAGAUCUUGGCACCUAGCAGGCCAUUUCUACCGAUUCCGGGAAAUGUCUCAUUAGAAUUGGCGGCAUUCAUCGAGCCACUCGCUCUUGCAUGGCAUGCAGUAAAAAUUUCACCGUUCAAGCCCGGCGACUCAGUGUUAAUUUUAGGCAGUGGCCCUAUCGGACUCGGUGUGGUACAAGUGUUGAAGCUUCACGGCGCCAAGAACGUCCAUGGUAUCUGA